AUGUCAGGUUUCGGUGGCUUUGGCGGCUUCGGCGCGAACAACAACAAUAAUACUACGCCAGCUUUCGGUGGUGGAUUUGGGGCAAACAACACAGCGAACACAGGCUUUGGCUCGACGACCAACACAGGCUUCGGUGCUACGAACAAUACAACAGGCUCUGGACUCUUUGGGGGUAAUAAUACUAGUGGUUUUGGGGGCGCUGGAGGUGGCUUUGGUAGUUCGACUGGUGCAUUUGGGGCUCCUAAAUCCGGCGGUUUCGGCGCGACAAACACCAGCACUUCUGGUAGCAUAUUUGGAGGAGGAAAUACAACAACCACAAGUGGAGGGUUUGGCGGAGGUUUUGGUCAGACUUCGGCCCCUGCGACGGGUUUUGGCGCACCUGCUGCGAGCACCGGUGGAUUAUUUGGUCAACCAAAAACUACUGGCUUUGGUGGCACAAGUACCUUUGGUAAUAAUAAUGCAACUCCUGCGUUUGGCGGUGCAUCGACAGGCGCGUUUGGGGCUCCCGCAAGCACCGCGUUGGGAGGUGCUACAGGAGAGUGUCAAGGCACAGGAAGUGUUCCUUUCUCGCCUUUCAUCGAAAAGGAGCCAAACAGCACCAACAACCAACAGAAUGCCUUCCAGAGCAUCAGUUUCCAGCAACCGUAUCAAAAAUGGUCUCCUGAGGAGCUGAGACUGGCGGAUUAUCAGCAGGGUCGAAAGACAGCUAACGCUAGUGGUCAAGCUGGAGCGUUUGGUGCUAGCACUGGGUUUGGAGGAUCAUUCGGAGCCAGCAAUACGGCCAGCGGUUUUGGCGCCAAUAACAAUAAUACUAAUACGGGAGGUGGUUUGUUUGGUAACAAUGCAUCUUCCACUACCAAUUCUCCCUUUGGCGCUAGUCAACCUGCUGCGUCUGGCUUUGGUGCGUCAACGGGUGGAGGCAUUUUUGGUGCCGCUAAACCGGCAACGACAGGUUUAUUUGGAGCUCAGCCUGCUCAACAGUCUACCGGUCUUUUUGGACAGCAAAACAACACAUCCAGCGGUUUUGGCACUGGAGCAUCGACUACACCUUUUGGCGCUACCAAUACUGCUGGUGGUGGACUGUUCGGUAACAACUCAAACUCGGCGGCCAAGACACCAUUUAGCUUUGGAACUUCGCAACCAGCUACUGGGGGAACUGGGUUCGGUACUGCAACAUCAGGAGGAUUUGGUGCUGCUGCAGGAACAUCAGGUUUUGGCGCUAGCAACACGGGCACAUCUCUCUUCGGUGGGCAGCAGCAGCAGCCAGCUGCUACUAGCACAACGUUUGGUGGAUUUGGCGGCGCAGCAGCAGCUCAACCAGCUACAUCUACCUCACUGUUCGGUGCGCAAAAGCCGGCAACAGGCAUGUUUGGGGCUCCUGCAGCUACCAACACGGGUACGGGACUAUUUGGAAAUACCUCCACCGCAAAUUCAAACCCAUUUGGUGGCACCAAUAAUACUAAUCAAGGCACCAGCAAUCUUUUUGGCGCCCAAAAGCCCGCUACCACAGGUCUCUUUGGUAACACCAAUACACAGACAAAUACUGGAGGGAGUUCGCUAUUCGGCGGAUUUGGAGGCCAGAAUCAAAAUAACCAGCAACAGCAGCAAACGGGCAACUCCCUCUUUGGUGGGCUGGGUAAUAAUAACAACCAGCAGCAGCAGCAAAAGCCGUCUUUGUUCGGCCAAUCUCAACCUGCGAACAACAGCCUCUUUGGUGGUAACAACAACCAGCAACAAGGCAGCAGUCUUUUUGGUAACACCCAGCAAAACCAGCAGCCCUCAAAUUCUUUGUUUGGCGGUAAUAAUUCCCUGCUUGGCAACUCUGCUCAAGGACAACAAGGCGGCCAAUCUCUGACCGCGAGCAUCAAUGAUAGCGCUGCUUAUGGUGGUACAUCACUUUUCUCCAGUCUGCAAUCAACCCAAAUCAAUAAUCCCGGGCCUAUUGCAACCCCUCUCUCUAGUGCCGUCAAGCAAAAGAAGAAUGCGGCUCUCCCAAUGUACAAGCUGAAUUCUGCGUCUACCUCACGCUUCUCCACGCCACAAAAGCGCGGCUUUGGUUUUUCUUACAGCAAUUAUGGUACGCCAGGUAGUGCUUCCAGCACCUCCAGCACACCAGGUACAUUUAGUAGCAACACGUUCAGCCGUACACUUAAAGCCAGUGCGUCGACAAGUAGCCUUCGUCGAAGCUUCAACACCGAGGAUAGUAUUCUUGCUCCUGGUGCAUUUUCGGCUAGCCCAAGCACCAGACACUACGGUAGCACUGGAAGUGUGAAAAAGUUGAAUAUCAACAGAAAUCUACGUAAUGAUCUGUUUUCACCGCCCAAUCCUCAACAGGCCCCAGCGGCCCCAAGUCAGGGCGGCAUCCUGAAGAAACGUGUGUCUUUCGAAGCACACACUGCAACAAACGGCGUUAGCACUUCCAGCCCACUCAAAAACAUCACCAACGGAUCCAGCCCAACAUCAGAGGAAAUGGGACUCCUUCGACCGUCCGCCAAGGCUAAUGGUAAGCAACCAUCGAACCAAUCACCGCCUGAGAUGGAACAGGUUCAAAACAAUGAGCUCGCUGUGGUUCAUGAGGAAGAGGCCGCGAAUCCAACACCUCGUGCCCUGCCCGAAAAGAUCAGCCAAGAAGAUCAAGAAGUUGGGGAAUAUUGGAUGAAGCCCAGUCUGGCGGAAAUCAAAAACAUGAACCGCACUCAGCGACAAAAGGUAUCGAACUUGAUCGUUGGUCGGGAAGGUUGUGGUCAAGUCACCUUUGGAAGCCCAGUUGAUCUGACACUGGUUAAUGUUGACGACAUUAUCGCCAAAAUCGUGAAGUUCGACAUUAGAUCAUGUACGGUGUACCAAGAUGACGCUACCAAGCCGCCAAUGGGGAAGGGCCUGAACGUCCCUUCCAUUAUCUCGCUGCAGAACUCGUGGCCACGUAAGAAGGAUAUGAAGACUCCCUCCGGUGAAAAGAAUGGUCACCGAUUUCAAAAACAUAUCGAAAGAUUAAGAAGAGUUAAGGAUACCAAGUUCUUGAAUUACGACAAAGACACUGGUGUUUGGACUUUCUCUGUCGAGCACUUUACCACUUAUGCUGCUCCCGAUGAAGACGACGAGACUGAAAUGGAGGAGGUCAGUGAGUUCGGCCAAAGCACCCUUAGCGCACCACCAGAUACUCCUACACCAUCAUCUCGUGAUGUGGACCAAUCUUUUGCGUCUGUUUCUCAGAUCUCCAUGGUCUCACAGACUGAAUCUGAUCCUGAGGACACUUUCGAUUUCAAGACUAGCAAAAGAAAGAAGGUUGUUCUUCCAGGGGCUUUUGACGAGCAGGCAGCAUAUUACGAAGAUGACGAGGAAAUGGAAGAGACCCAGGAAGACGAAACAUACGAAGAGUCUUUUUUAGAUAAUCGCUCCGUGGGUUCGCAGUCGGAAAAUGGCGUCGAUGAGCCGAUGGAUCAGGCCGACGAUUUUCAAGACGACGAAUCUGUCAGCAUUGCGGAUCAGGAGAUGGCGGGCUCUUAUCCCCAGGCUGGCAAUACCGCGGAGCUCGAUGAGGAGGAUUCGCAAGACGGCUAUGAUGCCAUCGAAGAAGAUUCUGGGACUCAGAAUGCCCUCGUAAGAGCAAGACUGAGAGCGUCUCAAAAAGCCGCGACACCUAUGAAGACGAGGUUCUCAGCUGGUAACGACUGGACUGCCACGUUGAGAAAAACGGUGAGCCCUAAGAAGCAAGACCGUGCUCUUUUGAAGACCCUGAUUCAUUUUGACGACGAUUCGCUGCCAGACUUCGAACCGACGCCGACUGCGAAGAGGGUUGUUGCUGAUGGACGUGGUUUCGCUACUAGCAUUGAUUUAAUGAACUCCUUAUUUGGUCAGACGAAGAGUCCCGCAAAGCCGGCAAAAACACCAGCCAAGGGCAAAGGUUUCGAGUGGCCAUAUGCAAAGCGAUCAAAAACAUUCGACAAUGAUAUGAGCAACAUGACCGACAUUGACCGUGCUUAUCAUAGUUCUAUGAGACCUAGCUGGGGGCCAGACGGCACGCUAGUGUACUCUGGACACGCUGAUGUGAAAUCCUCACGACGUGGCCGAGAGAAAAAUGGAUUGAUGGUGAUCCAAAAAGGCGCUAUUGUCUCGGAAGGUCGGGAUGUGCGCUUUGCAAAAUUCACAAAUGAGCGAUCUGCUGCACUUCUUGAAAAGCACAAAACAAUCAGCAAUGUUACCAUUGUUAAUGGUAUCCCAUAUGCGAAGCUACCUGAGAAUACCUCCUUUUUACGGUUUCGCGAGGAUGGUCAGACUCGAGAUCCUGCUGCGACCCAUGAGCAGCUCGUCUGGUCUCUUGCCAGCAUUCUCUGGGACCCUGUAGAAGUUCCUGAGACCCUUCGGAACGUUGAAAAUAUUGAGGCACGCUUACGUCGCGAUAGAUUCUCUACAUUCUGGCAAGAUCUGGUCGCACGUGCAUCCUCUCAGCAUGUAGCACUUGCCAAAUCAGAAGAGGAAAAGGCCAUUGCAGCUCUCGCCGGACACAACAUUACCGAUGCAUGUAAGCAUCUCAUCAAUGGCAAGAACUUCCAUUUGGCUACUUUGGUGGCCACCAUUGGAGCGAAAGCAUCGGUUAAGAAAGACAUUCGCAAGCAACUGCAAGAUUGGCAGAAAGACAACAUGCUAUCAGACUUUAGUGAAGCGAUUCGGGCGCUCUACGAACUGCUCGCUGGCAAUGUUGCGGUCUGUGCAGGCUCCAAAGGUGUUAAGGGCGAAGAUCGUGUGGAGUCAUUUGGUAUUUCCAAGCGCUUCGGACUUGACUGGAAACAAGCCUUUGGGUUGCGUCUGUGGUACGGUGCUCUUCCAAGUGAACCCAUUGAAGCCACCGUGGAGCUCUUUACCGACGACAUCGUCAAUGGAAAGGAGAGUGCUCGACCCCAGGCUUGGUAUGUUGAAGAAAGAAUACCUACCUUGUGGGAGGAUGAAGAGCGAGACAACCGAGAAGACUUGCUCUAUGGUCUUUUGAAACUUCACACUUUCAGCAACGCUGAGAUACAAGCGGUACUGUGCCCGCCGAAUUCGCAACUCUCGCCUGUCGAUUUCCGCCUUAGUUGGCAACUCGCUCAAGCUCUUACAAAUGCUGGUGUUGUUAGCUCUGUCGAUGAAGCGAGGGAAAAUGAGUUGACUCACACGUUGGACGAGCUUACCCUUUCGUUCGCUGCGCAACUCACCAAUGAAGGUAGUUGGCUUGACGCUAUCUUUGUUCUUCUCCAUCUUUCCGCUGCUGAUCCGAGAGCGAAAUCGAUUCAGGAUAUCCUUGCUCAGUUUGCAGGUGGGAUUGGUGCCGAAAACAGUCAGACUUUCAACGUACUUAGCCAGUCUUUCAAGAUUCCGAUCCCUUGGAUUUGGGAGGCCAAGGCUCUGUACAUGCGUAGCGUCGAAAGGAACCCUACAAAAGAAGUCGAAUGCUUGAUCAAAGCCAGUUCGUUCAACGAAGCACAUCACACAUUCGCCAGAGAGGUAGCGCCGAAGACAAUUGUUGAGCUCGACUAUGAUGUUCUCCGAACACUUCUCGACUCUUUCAAGGGCCAAGAAGAUACGAUUUCUGAGUGGCACCUGGGUGGCCAAAUCUAUUCCGAUUUUCUUACACUCUUGGAUUCGCAGAAGAAAUACGGCCACAAAGUCGAUCUCCAAGCUUUGGACAGAUUGCUUUCUGGCCUGCCUGCUGUCGUUGAGAAGUCACGGAAACCAAGUUUUAUGGAAACGGUAGCAGUGGAGACGAUCAGUGGGACGGUCGCGAAGCAGGUGGUCGCUUUGGGAAAGAUGGGUGAGAAAGCGGAUUUGCCAAAGAUCCUGCGGCUACCUCUGACUGAAGAUAACUACCUUCGACAUAGCGUUGAUCUCAGCCUUGAAUAUUAUCGAAGUGCUAUCUCAUCAACAAAGUGA